AUGGACAAUUUAAUUAUGUAUUCUGUGGUCUCAGUAAUGCUAGUGCAAGCAGCUGGGCCUCUAAUUAAUUCAAUAAAAGAGAUUUAUUAUGUUGCUAAAAGAAGUAUGAGUAAAGAAAUUUAUCAAGAAAAAAAGAUAGCUAAAAACGAGAAAAGGGAUGCUAUAAAUACUUGGACAAUACCUUCGGAGCCACCAUGCCAAACAAGCUGCAGAAUUAGCAGUAAAAAUGAUAUUAGUAUAGAAAGAAAAUAUGAUUUAUAUCAACAAUCGUAA